AUGAAUAAGGAAGGGUUUCUCGAAAUGCAGAAAGUUGGAGAAAAUCUACAACGUAAGAAAACUGUGGAUGAUGUUAAAAUCACUCCAGGACUGAGCUUAAAAGUGUCGAGUGAAAGUGUCAAAAAUACCUGGUCAAAUGACAAACUGGGCAAAACUUCUAGUGGAAUAAGUUUGACCAAGAAAAAUAGUUACUUAGAUUUGAGUUUGAAAGAUAAAUUGGUACAAAUGCCUCUACGAGGGCUAGAAAACCGGAAAGAGAUAUCAAAGUCUCACUCAUGUCCUUGGCAGAACUUCAAUUUGGAAGAGAAACACAUCUAUCACAAAAUCCGACCGGUGAAUAAUAUUUCGCUGGAGCUUUACAAGAACAAUAAAAAGUCGAUUUUGAAAAGACCGAAGGUGCCCAAACCGCAGAUAACAAGGUCUACCCUGAUGGAGGUAAAAUUCAACAAAGCGGCUGCAAUGAUGAUCCACCCGAGCGCACGUCACAAUGUGAUGAGACAAGCUAGAAUAAACUUGUCGACGAAUACUAGGCACACAGUUGGUGAUAAUACUAUUUUUAGGAAACCAUCAAGUGACUUUCAGGUGCCUAAAGUGAUUACUAAUAGGAAGAAGAAAUAUUUUGAGGAAGAUGGACGAGGACAUUUUUGGUAUAUCAGCAAAAAGCCCAAAAUUGUAUAA